GCUAAGUUACCGAAUGUGGAAUGCAUCAAACGAACUAUUAGGCGGCAACGACAACUUCAAGGGAACUAUCCUGCAAAUCCAAAUUCACUGCGAGAAUUGAACAUUCCAGAUGACAUGCGUCUUAUAUGUGUGAAUGGUCAGCAAGAACCAUUUCUUUUGUUCGACAAUGGGCCAGACACUGAACACCGAAUAUUAAUCUUCAGUACCCAACGAAAUUUGGAACUACUGGAAAGAUGUGAACAUUGGUAUGCAGAUGGUACCUUCAAAACCACGCCACCGCUCUUUACCCAAGUGUAUACGAUACACGGUGUGAGAUUUAAUACUUGUAUACCAUCAGUUUUCGUCUUACUGCCUGGUAAAAGUAAAGUUCUUUAUCAAGAGAUGAUACAAGCACUAAAAGGACUUAGACCAAAUUUAAAACCGUCUACCAUAAUGAUAGACUUUGAACGUGCUGCAAUUGAAGCGUUCCAAACGGAGUUCCCAGAAAUAUUGGUUAGAGGGUGCUUCUUCCACUUGGGUCAGUGUAUAUGGAGGAAGGUACAAGAACACGGGAAAGCAGUACGUUACGCGAAUGAUGUUGAAUUUGCUGUUCAAGUUAAGAUGUUAACUGCAAUAUCGUUUUUACCUUUACAUGAUGUGGUUUUGGGAUUCGAAGAACUCAUGGACACAGAAUAUUACAGAAACGAAAUCGACCUCCACCCUAUAUGAUAUGCGACUACUUUGAAGAUGUCUGGAUUGGACGCCCACAUAGAAAUAUCC